GGACACAGUUUGGGUAUUGCGCAUGCGCGCAUAUGAUCCUCCAGUCCCGUAGGUGGCGCUGCUGCCUUUUAGGCAUCUUCCUCACGCGGCUUGACAUUGAGAAGAAGUUCCUCCGGAUAGCGGCCGUCUGGCAUCAUGAGGCUGACGGCGGUGCUGUCCAUGGCCGCUCGGGUGGUGGUGCCCAAGGACUACCGCUACGGCACCAACAGGCCGUGGACCGCGGCUGCCAAGCGUCGGAAUCCGCCAGGCAAGAGGCGGAACAAGGUGUUCGUGGAGCCCAUCGCCAACGAGGACUGGUCUGUGUUGAAAGGGGACACGGUGGAAAUUCUGUCCGGGAAGGACAAAGGCAAACAAGGGAAAGUCACCCAGGUCUUCAGACAGAGAAACUGGGUCAUACUGGAGGGUCUGAACACACAUUACAGAUACAUCGGGAAAAGCGGCGAUUACCGCGGCACCUACAUCGCCAGCGAGGCUCCCCUCCUGCUGCGGGACAUCCGCCUCGUCGACCCCGCCGACAGAAAGCCCACCGAGGUGGAGUGGAGGUUCACCGAGGAGGGCGAGCGGGUUCGAGUGUCGCUUCGGACCGGUCGCAUCAUCCCCAAGCCGGUGGUGGAGCGGCCAGACGGCAUUGUGCCUGAGCAGUGGAAAGACGGUCCCAAAGACACCAGUACAGAGGACACGCUGGAGAAGACCUACACGCCCUCCCUGAAGACUCUUGAGGAGGAAGUCAUGGAGAAGAUGGGCAUCCAGGAGAACAGGAGGCACCAGCGGUCCUACUGGUACUGAGCGAUUCUCCGGUACGCGCCGCAGGACGAUUUGUUUCAAAUGGACCGCAUGUUGCCAUGUCAUGAAUAAAUGAUGCGAUUCACGCGCGAUCCAAUGUUCACGUGUAUUUGACAAAACAAAUGGAAUAGAAUGAAUCCUU